AUUAUGCGAAGGCGGAGCAUCGUGUGUUGCAGAAAGUGAGACGAGAAUUUACUUAUUUACUCGGGUAAUAUCGUUACCAGGUUUUAUUGCGAACGACCCAUCGUGCAAUACACAACUAAGUUCCUUAUCUCGGACGAAGUAAAUGCGAGGUCCCUGGCGAGGAGUCUGGUGAACGGAAUGGAGGGCUCAGGGAAGGAGGAGUACAAGAUCCAAUCUUUUGACAUGGAAACUCAGAAGCUACUUAAGACAGCCCUUAAAGAUCCCAGUGCGGUAGAUCUGGAGAAAGUAUCAAAUGUUAUCGUAGACCAGUCUCUAAAGGAUCAGGUUUUCAGCAAAGAAUCGGGGAGGAUCUGCUACACCAUUGUACAGGCAGAGGCAAAGCAGAACAAUGGCAGCGUGUUCCGCCGUAAUCUGCUCAACCGCCUUCAGCAGGAGUUCAAAGGUCGAGAGGAGAUGCGCAAGCGCUCCCUGCAGGAGUGGGUGUGUUAUGUGUCCUUCAUCUGCAACGUGUUUGACUACCUCAAGGUCAAUAAUAUGCCCAUGAUGGCUUUGGUGCAUCCAGUUUACGACUGUCUGUUCCGGCUCACCCAGCCUGACUCUCUCAGGAACGAGGAAGAGGUGGACUGCUUGGUGCUCGCACUGCACCGCAUCGGGGAGCAGCUGGAGAGGAUGAGCCUGCAGCGCAUGGACGAGCUCUUCUGCCAGCUGAGGGACGGCUUCCUGCUGCAGGAGAACCUCACCUCCCUGGGCCGCCUGCUGCUGCUGGAGGUGCUGGAGUUCCGGGCGGGCGGCUGGACCCUCAGUGACACGGCACAGAAGUACUACUACAGCGAGGUGGUCGACUGAGGGCAUGGUGUGGGAGGAGAGGUGAGCGAUUU